AUGAGGGUUUCCACCAACAAACUGCAACAGCUCGCCAUAUUCACCACCCUACUGACAGGAGGAGGGAUUGGGACCAUGUACUAUCUAAUGCAGAAGAAAUUUGCCGAGUCAGACUACCACAAAUUGGCUCUGCAGAAGUUGGAAGAAUGUACAGUUGCCAUGGAGAGUUUGGGCGCUCCACCGUUAAAAAUUCACAACAUCCAUCUGACUGACAGAGACAAUCGGAUAGACCAGCAAAUAGCAAAGAUAAAGAUCCCUGUAACUGGGUCAAAAACUGGUGGCUAUUUAUAUACAUCUUCUAUCAGAGACCCAAACACAAACAGAUGGAAUGUGAAGCUUGCCGUUUUGAGGCUCAAAGAAGGGCAGACCAUCAACCUUCUGAAUUCUCCAUCAUUGGCAACCGAAAACACAGAAUUCAGCUUACAUGAUAAUGACUGA